UAUCGCGAUGGACGGCAGCAAAGUGCUGCGUGCGGCGUACCGCUGCCUGCGAACGGACGUAUCUCCGUGCUGAGAGGGAGAGAGAGAGACGGAGAGGCUGGUAUGUGUGUGCAGUGCGCGUAUAACGCGUAAGAGCGGCUCGCGGAUCUCGUCGGCGCGUCUCGCCUCGCGACAAACUUCUCGGCGAAGCGGAGUGAAGUCGGGCGCGAACCCUCCGCGACGGUUGGUCGCUCGGUCGAUCGGACGGACUCGGUCGGGCUCGGGCAAGCAGUGAGUGCGAGUGAUCCGGGACUCGCGCGCGCGGUGUCGAGUUCCUCCUGGCUCGUGUGUGUUUUCCUGGAUCCGAGUAGGGUGAGAGAUUCCUUACUCGCGGAUACCCCGCUUGUCGCGCUCGCGCGCGCGCGGGUGUGUGUGUCGCGGCUGUGCCUCGUCUCCCGGGACCCGAAGGCGGCUGUCAACGGACGCGGCGGAUACACUCUCGAGGAGCACGCACAUCGCGUGAUCUCGAGCAUACAGUAGAAAGAGAGAGACGGAACAAGAGUGAGAGACACACCAAGGAUCGAAGCAAUCACGAAAGAGGAGCGGCGGAAGCAGGAGAAAGAGAUCUACCGUGCGUGUCGCCAACGUCGCGCCGACGAGGCGAGCACGAGCACGUGGUUGUGCGCAGUGUGCAACGUGUAACGUGUAUGUGUAUGUGUAUGUGCAGCGCAAGGAUAAAGCGAGGGAAGCGAAACGUAGCCGACGGAGGAAGCGCACGUGGAGGAUUUCGGAACGACAGUGAAACCGAGAGUGCGAGGCAGUUUCCUCGCGACGAGAACGUCGUUAAAGGAGGAAAAGCCGGGAAAGAAACGGGCCCCUGCGGGUGGAGAACUCUCCGGUGGAGUUGUCUCGGCUAUGACGAGGACAGGCAGUCACGCUGAUCGAUCGUCGUUGAUUGAAGCCAUCGCGAAUGCCGGCGCGAUCAGCACGUUGAAUGUGGAACACGAUCUCGCGGCUCUUCGCUAAGGGCAGCAAGACCGCGGUGCAGGAGGCAACCGCGUCGCCGCUGCCACCGACGUCGCCGACAAAGAACGAGGUGCAACAGCAGCAGCAGCAACAACAACAGCAGCAGCAGCGCACGUGCAACGGCGUCGCCGACGACGACGCAACCGCUGACGGUACGAGCGCCGUCCAUGUGUUCUACGACGCGGCGAUGGAUCGCGGCGCGAGUGCAGAUGAUCGACGCAGGCCUGUCGCCGCCGCAGCGGACCAGCACGCCGGCGGAGGCGACUCCGAGCACUUCUCCGACGCCUGCGACUCCCGCCAGGCCAAACAACGUGCCUCCGUGAAAUGGCUGCUGUCGAAGGCAUACAACAAUCGAGUGCCAGAAAAGCUACGCGAGCCAUAUUACCGUGAUCAUGAGGAGCAGGAGCACUUGAAACCGCAGAUUGUUCACGCGCUUUCCAAUGCGGAGCUCUACUGUCUCGCGCUCGCCAACAUAUAUUCGGAUCCCAACUAUCACAAUCAGAACCACUGCGGGAUUCUGCAAGCCCUGGCCAGGAAAGGCGUCUACGUCGCGGAGCAGAACAAUACUCAGCUCACCGAAACCAUCCUCAUCCAAAAUUCACCACUCAAGAUGUCUGCGCAUAUGGCUGUGAUAGAAGGCCUGAUGGUCUUGUACGCGAAGGAGGUGGUGACGGGGGACCGAGUGGUCUCGGCGAUACGGCGGUUCAACCCCCAGGCUGAAGUGGACGUGCCGUCGGACCACGAGAAGGGUCUCCUGCUCUGGAUCAAUCACGCAUCGCACGCGCUAAUUGCAAAGAUCCAGAGCGAGGAGGGUGCCGGCGACAAAACGCGACUGCCCGAGCUACCUGCCGCCAAGGACUUCCAGUCGUUGUGCGAUGGCGUUGGUCUGGCAGCUGUCGUCGCGUUCUACUGUCCUGGCGAACUCAACUGGAUGGAGAUCAGGGUGUCGAAGAGACCCUCCGUAGCGGACGCGUUGCACAAUCUUUCUCUGGUGCACGCGUUCUGCGUCAAAUGCCUGCCCUACUCGAUUUUCCACAUGCAACCUGAGGACGUCACGUACAUGAGAGGGUCCAUGAAGCAGAACUUGGUGGUUUUUCUGGCGGACAUGUACAAUGUCCUGGAGAUUCACCCGGCGAAAUGCGUGCGUUAUCCUGGAGAAGAACGGGCGAUGCAAUACCUAGAUGCCUGCCCGCGCAAUAGUCAUGGCGUAGCUCAUAAGAGAAGUCUGCCACAGUCUAUAGCUCCGAUACCUGAUCUGAGAAGCAACCUCUCCGAAUCCGCGCCAGGUUUCACAGUGGCGAAGUCUGCCUCGAGCACCGUGAGGAAAUCGCAAUCCCUGCAACAAACUACCGACAGUCAUCCGUACGAUGACAGGCGCGCAGGUAGCGAGGAGAGCUUCGUGGUGCAUCGUGGAAAAGGCAUUCCCACCCUGAGCUCCGUAGCCGAUGACAAGUCCGUAGGCAAAACCGAAGCCGCUGGUCGGCCGAGCAACUGGGAGGAGCAACGACGGAGCUCUUACGCCGGUCGGCGAUCUAGACGGAACAGCAUCACGGACGAUUCUCAGUUGACCAUCGAGAAUUUUGGCGGGUCUCAGGAUAAUUUACACAAUUUUGGUAGAAAUCCGGAUAAAGAGGUAGGCGCGCACAUCGGCAAGCGCAGCACUACCGAGCCGACGUUGCCCGCGCGGUCCAGCGUCCAGGACGUAUACGGCAGCGGCGUGCAGCACAUAAUCGCGGAUAACGGUUACGGCGGCGGCGAGGAGCCGGCGAGGCUGCGGCGACAGGCGUCCAACAGCAGUCUGGAUAACGUGGCGCUACGACAAAUCUUACAUUCCAGCGCAGAGAACGACGGCGGUGCGGACGGCGGUGAGACUGUCGCGAAAUUGGCCAGUUUCGCGAAUCUGAGCAAGCAGAACUCGGAGAAGGGGAUCAAUUUUACGUACACGGAACAGGAACGGCAGGAUGACUACGUCAAGCCGAGCAAGAAACACGGUCAGAGCAACGGCAAUGGAAACAAUGAGAAGAAGACUACGUUCGCCACUCUGCCGAACACUACCACGUGGCAGCAGCAAAGCAAUCAGCAGUCUCAACAGAUGGAACAACAUUCUGUUGAUGAGAAUGGCGGUAACACCGUAAUGGCCUCGCAGCUGAACAACAUACGACUGAAGCUCGAGGAAAAGCGACGGCACAUAGAGAACGAGAAGCGAAGGAUGGAAGUGGUGAUGUCGAAGCAGCGGCAGAAGGUGGGGAAAGCGGCAUUCCUGCAGGCGGUCACGAAGGGUAAGGUUAAAUCUCCCUCUUCGUCAACGUCCGGGGGGGACAGUCCGGCCGAGACAGUCGGUCCCCCCACUCCUGUAACCUCCGGAUCUUCCGGGGAGACCCCGACGAGCGUUUCCGAGGCGUCCUCUGUACCCCAACAACCCUCUCAAGAAAAACCACAGAGACCCUUCUCGCUCAAGGAAAUUAGCGAGGAUGUGCGGGACGUCGAGCACAAGUGGUUGGAGCACGACGGUAACGCGCCGUUCAUCGAGACCAGACGUACUCCAGACAUCGAGAACAUGGAUCCCGAACAGUAUCGUCAAUCUAUCUCGCAGAUGAACAGCAGCCUGAGCGAGAUUCAAGCGGACAUUCAGCGCCUAGCGAGCCAACAGAAUCAGAUCCAGCAGCAGCACCUGAUGACGCAGCAUCAAAAACAGAUGCAGCAACAACUUCAGCAGCUGCAGAGUCUUAAUCAGCAGCACAUGCAGGUUUAUGGCAUGACGUCGAUGAACCCGUUAACGCCCAGACUGCAGGACCCGCAGCAGUCGCAGUUUUACUUGCACGAUCAGCCGCAAGUGCAGAGGAGGAUGUGGGGUCAGCCGGCGCCUGCUCAAAGCCUGGCCAACGAAAUGGCCGCGGUGGGCUAUCAGCAGCCUAUAGACUCUCGGUUUAGCCCUCAACCUACCGCUUAUCAGCAGGACAUACGCAUGUACGCGGAUCCCACGAGGACUUGGGCCGCGCCGCACCCGACGCAGAAGGGAUUUAUUUUGCACGAUACUCAGGAACCAAGGUACCUCAACGGUGGGGAUCAUAGUCUGUGUAAUAAUCAAAUGAGCCAUCCCAGCUCCACGUAUCCAACGUCUUCGUCGCUGUUCAACCAAACACAAGCCACGUCUGCUAGUCCGCAACAUCGUAACACCGUUCACCGGAUAAGUCAGUUAAUUAGUGAGAGCCCCGAACCUAAGAGAUCAAGCGUACAUCAUAUUCCGAUCUCAUGCGAAAGCCCUACAGAGAAGAGGCAGACCACCGCGUUGCACACGCCAGUACCAGCUCCUCCCGCUGAUGACAUGAAGCCCCAAAAUAUAUCUUUCAUCGGCAACGAUGACGAAAUUGCGCACGGCAUUCGUGGCUUGAACAUCACGUCGGGCAGUCGUACGUACAGAAUACCGUCGCCGACCAGACCCACGAUAUCGCAAAACUCCUUCCAGCCUCAUCCAUCGUUAAGAGAGACCGUUUCGUCGCGUUCGGCCACUCCGGACGUCACGCCUCUCGAUCAUACGGAUGCCGGUGAAAAAGGAUUCUACAUCUCCUUCGACAGUGACACUCCGAAGAAGCCAAAACCAACACUAAGAAUGAAAAGAGCGUCUCCGAAGAAGGAACGGAGUGUAUCAUCCUACAUCGAGCACCAGGACUUUACGGUACGCCCUGAUUCACCUCCUACUAGUGCAAUUGAAAGACAAAAACAGUUGGAGGCUCAGAGGGAAUUGGAGCGAGAGCGAUUGCGGCAGGCCGAGGAGAGGGAACAGCAGAGGCAAGGGAUGAGGGAUAGGGAGCUGAAGAAGGAACUCGAAAGGGAACGACAGAGGGAGAAACAGCGUGACAGCAGCGUAGAAGGCCGGCACGCUUCCGGAGUCGGUUUAAUGAUAGGAAAUCAGCUCACGAAUCCUGAUCCAAAUUCAAUGGACGAAAUGGAGAAGAAGAAGGAGAGGAUAAUGCUGAUGUCGCUUCAGAGAAGACAGAGGCAGGAGGAGAUGAAGGAAAGGAAAGAAACCGAGGCCCAAGCGCGCAGGGAACAAGAUAAACUCAAAGCAGAAGAGAGGGCUCGCAAGAAGGAGGAGGAACGACAAAGAAGAGCAGCUAUCUUGGAACACCAUAAGGUGAAGAAGGCGAUAGAGGAAGCGGAGAGAGAAGGUAAGGUAAUUGAUAAAGAGCUUCUGAAUGCAAUAAACCCAGCAAAAUUACGUAACAAGACUGCAACCGCUCGACCACGGCCCAAAACAAUUCACGGCGACGCUGGCGCGGUAUUGGAUUCCGGGGCCCUCACACCUAGUCGCGGGAAGAAGGGUUCUUCUUCCAACUUGAGUACAGCGUCGCUGACCUCUCCGACGAUGAGGCGAGACUACUACCGCGGCUCGCAGGACAGUCUCACUACUGCCCACCUCGAUGACCGACGUUGUUCCGGCCCUCUUUAUCGGGGCGGCAGUCUCAGGGUAUCUUCCGUAGAUUCACCUGAUGACGGUAGGGGCUCCUCGCCUUGUCGCAGCGUGAAUCAGCUCGGUCGACGUGGCUCCUACAAGACCUCUAGAGAUGCGCAGGAGUCUCAGCAACAAGUUAGAGGCAGGCCUAAAUACCAGACUUACCAAAACUUUAAGGGGAGAAAGUCUAAUUCCCUGAUGAAUUUGUGCGAUUCGGACAGCGGCCUGGGCAGAUCAACGCCACCGAGACGUGCCGCCAGUCCGGGCAUAGGCAGCAUGAGGCACUUGACAUCACCCUCGGGCCCCGGCUCUCUACCACCCGCCCUGAUGACGUCGAAGAAGAGGGUCUACGACGACGGCAGCAGCGACAUCAGCAGCACGCCUAGUUCUAUGAUGGACUACAACGGCCCGAGAUUAUACAAACUGCCGAUAGCUAAGUCGAAUCGCAACAUUAUGCUGAACGCCGUCGAGUACUGCGUGUUCCCCGGCACGGUGAACAGGGAAGCGAAAUCAAGAGUUCUGGAGGAGAUCGGCCGGUCCGAGAGCAAACACUUCCUCAUCCUGUUCCGGGACGCCGGUUGCCAAUUCCGCGCUCUCUAUUCGUACUGUCCCGAGAGGGAGGAAGUCGCCAAGCUGUACGGUACCGGGCCCAAGCAAGUCAUCGACAACAUGUUCGACAAGUUUUUCAAAUACAAUUCCAGCGGGAAAUGCUUCUCGCAAGUUCACACGAAGCAUCUGACGGUGACCAUAGAUGCCUUUACGAUACACAACAGCCUCUGGCAAGGAAAGAAAGUGAACUUACCGAACAAGAAGGACAUACCGCUCGUCAUAUAGUUUUACGCAAGUGGUCACACACUUAACAUUACGCUACCGUGCCCUCUGUUGUUCAUAGUUACUAUUUUAAUACAGGCCCAUAUUAAAUUAAUACGGAUACGUUGCGUUCUUAGUCAAUUUUAUAAGGACAAUUGAUCGGUGCUGACUUUUUCAUGAUGAUCAUAUCGGAUAGAUGGAGCGCGAGGAAGACGUUGUUAUUAAUGUUUCGUUGCGUUUUUUCUUACAUCGUCUUCUUUCUUUUUUUUUUGUAUCUUCCGCUGAGCGUUAGCAUCAAUCACUGUGUCAUAAGAUUACCAGUAUCUUAAUUAUAGGAGAAUGGUUUGUUGUCAAUACAUCCUCUAAAGUACACCCUUCCUUUCCAUUUUGCGGACUAACUCGAUGUAAUUGCCUUAUAAUUGCGUUAACUGCUGUGUUGCGACUGCGUGAGCGUGCGAUAUUAUGCGUUAUGAUUAGGAUAUUAUGCGCGAAAGUCAAGUUUUCCUAAAUUCAUUUUACAAAAAACAAGAGAAAGACAGAGAGAGGAUGGCAACGAUGCAUCUCUUACGCAUGUAAUGCGACUCGCACGGAUCUUUCUCCAUUCUUCGUAUAAAUUAGGAAUCUAAAUUAUUGUACGAUUAUUCUCUAUACACGAGAUGUCUCAAAACCAUCGUGCAUUCUUUUGAUCACAGAUUCUUUAUCUAAUUUCGAAUCGAGAUUUUUCUUUCAAUUAAAAAAAAAAGAUUUUUUUGCACAUGAGUUUUGGGACAGCGAGCUGUCUAGAGCGAUUUAAACUUUUUAAAGAAAUAAGGCAACACACGCUGUGACCUGGGGGAUCAUUAAUUUUAAGUGUCUCGUUGCGCAAUUCAACUGACUUUGGACUUAUUUUUUACUUUUUCGCGUUUUGUACAUAACACGCAAUAUACAAUCUUGCAAAUGAAUAUAAUUACUUUUUUUUUCUUUUAUAUCGACUUCUUUUUAUCGACGAAACGUCGUUUCUUUUUCUUUCUCUUUUUUUAUACUCAUCUGUCGCAUUUUACCGGUUGAGAGAUACGCACGUCGGUGGAUGGUAUUUCGCCGCGAUUCAAAACUGACGGGGGCUGAAUUAAUAAUUCCUUCUCGUACUUCCAUGAGAGAGCAAUCACAGUCCGCGCAUCUGAUGAUACCUAGAAUUGUACGAGCAGUGUGAGACUCAAACUUGGAAUUUCUAUCAUCCGAGAACUUGAAGUGUUAAUUUCUAAGAGGCAUUUCUGAGCGCGUCGAGCGAAAGUCGCAAGCGUGGGACAGAGUACACGUGUAUCUUAUGAUUGUUGAUCAUUGUAGCGCGAUUUUUGCGAUGGCCCCCUUCUCGCGGGAGAGGAAUGAACCGUUGCGACGAGCUGGUGACGGACAACUCGUCUUGUAAUAUAGAUUAAUCUGUGUAAUUUGCAAGCGACAGGAUGUAGGCCCAGCCUUACGAUCGAUUCGUACGUACUGCGUACACGCGUUACACGCGAAUUGGUCUCUUCGUGGCCACGAAAGACGAUCGUGAUUCGCGACGUUGACGUUUCCUUUCGAUCAGCAACGAACGCACGCGUGCACAUCAAUCGAUGCCACAAAGCGGCUGUCUUAUGUAAGUCUCCGUCGAGAGAUUCAGAUAGUUAUCGCGCGUAGAAAGCGGAUGUUCGCAUGAGCGUAUCGUUGCCUCGCGAACGAUGGCUCGAAGAGACUGGGAAAGCUCGUGAACGACGAUUCGCGAUCCUUGGUCGUCGCUCUACGUCGCCUCGCAAGAGGAAAGUGGAAGGUGGGAAGAUUCCGACCAUCCAGUCGGAAAACUAGCGAAUUUCAUGGUGACCGAGUUUGUCGUUGUACCAUGUUCCGCUUUCCUCGGAUGAUGAUGCUAAUUAAGAAGGACAAUGAGAAGCCUUGUGUUGUAAACGAUGUAAUAUUGGACUGUGCGUAAAGACAUUUGACGAACUGACAGUCUGGCUUUUCUUCACUCGUGUGUCGUCGCCUACGUAUUACGUUUCUUUCCAUGGAAUUCAACGGCUCACACACUAUACACUUACACACACACACACAGCUCGCGACGUCGCACACCCUCAGCGAAACCUCGGUGGUCAGCCCAUGCGAACGGAACGCGGUCGAAAUCUGCUCCGCGUACGUGAAUGUAAUUUGCCGGAGGAGCUCUCGCAUUUCUUGUGCCAUAAAGUAAACGUCUUUCGCAUGGGGACUGGCGUCGGCUUCCUAUCUCGCUGAACGGGACUCUCAUCGGACCGGACGUAUCGCUCGCCGUCACGACGUUGCAUGUAAAAAAGUAAAGAAAAUUGCGAGCGAGGCAUGGAUUAGGGAUAAAUAGACAUAAAAAGUAAGAACAUUUUAUACGACAAUAUCGAGGGUCUAUCGUUCGUGACGACUAUUUUUUCUCCCCUCAUAACGUUUCGUGACGUGAUCGUGACGCUCCUUUGAAUCGUUUCGAGCCUCCGAUUCUGCACGGACGAUCGUGUCGGUAGACCCUCUAUAUUCCGCGACAUGUGACGCAGAAUUCUUGUGACACGCAAUUUACGCGACAUAUCGAAUUUCAAUGUUCUUCAGCAUCGCGGAGGGAGGCACGGGACCGUCGAUCGACCUGGCCCUGUCGUCCCGCGUCUUGCUGUAUAAUCACGCUACGUGUAAAGAGGGAUUUGGGAGAUUAUUGAAUCGACAAAGAUUUCGCCGCUCCAUUAUUCCCGUAAAUUGUAAUAAAUCUAUCCGAAUGUUAUUAAGGGUGAGAGGGUGAGAAGAUAGAGAAUCCGUUAGCGCGAGUCGAUGACUCUGAAACAGUCCGACCUGACAAUAUCGAACGAGAUACGCGCCAUAGAGGAAAAUAGAGAAAAUAGAAGAAUAUGAGAUGGAGUUGCAAAUCGCGGUAAGUGAUAAUGAAGAGAGAGAGAGAGAGAAAGUGAGAGAAUGAAAGAAGAUAGCGA